UUGAAGCUGAGCAUACUUGACCAGAGCCCGGUACACGGGACGGAGACGCCCACCGACGCCCUUGGCCGCACGAUCGAGCUGGCGCAGAGGGCCGAGGAGUGGGGGUACCACCGGUUCUGGGUGGCGGAGCACCACGGGUCGAACAGGGUGAUGGGGUCUUCGCCCGAAAUCCUGGUGUCGCACCUGCUGGCCCAUACGUCGCACAUCCGCGUUGGGUCAGGCGGGGUGAUGCUGCAGCACUACAGUCCGUACAAGGUGGCGGAGAACUUCAACGUGCUGGCCUCGCUGGCGCCUGGGCGUGUCGACCUGGGCAUCGGGCGCGGGCCGGGCGGGCUGCCCCGGUCGACGGCAGCGCUGCGGCGGGGGGACGGCGAGCCGACGAUGUCGCUGGCGGAGAAAUUGACCGAGUUGCGGCGGUUCCUGGCUGAUGAGCUCGGGCCGGAGCACCCGCUGCUUGGCCUGCAGGCCAGCCCGCUGGCCCCGGAGCCGCCGGACCUGUUCCUGCUAGGCACGACCCGCUCCAGCGGCGACAUGGCGGCGGAGCUGGCGAUGCCGUACGUUUUCGCGCUGUUCCUGAACAACGACGAGGACGAGAUGGCGGAGGCGGUGCGUCGCUACCAAGCGGGGUUUGAUCACGGCAACGGAGCUCAGCCGCGGACCAUGCUGGCGCUGCCGAUCAUUGUUGCGGAUACCGGAGAUGAGGCAGCCGAGCAUGCGGCGAAGAUCCAGGUGGUGCGGAUCAGGCUGGACAGCGGGCGCACCCUGACGGUGGGGAGCGUGGAUGCGGGUGAGGAGUUCGGGCGGCAGUCGGGAGAGGGGUACGAAAUUAUCGUCCGUCAGGCGGGGGUGGUCCACGGCGCUCCAGAUUCGGUGAGGACCCAGCUGCUGGACGUACAGCGAAAGUACGGGGCGGAUGAGAUAAUCGCGGUGACCGCCAUCGACAGCUUCGAGAAGCGGCUGCGGUCGUUCGAGCUGCUGGGCGGGCUGAUUGGGACCCUGAGCGGUGUUGGCAAAUAG